GCACCUCCUCGCAGAGCCGGUGCUGCUUUAAAGGGUUUCACCAACAGAUCUGCAGCUGCAUUCACACAUGACAUGAGGCGCACCACAAGCUGGAAGGACACAUUUCUCUCAACCGAAUGACACCGACGGGGAACAAGACUUCACCUCGCCGAAUGGAUGUGGUGAAUUUGGAUUCGCCAUCCGAUAACCUUCAGGAGUCGUUGGUGCGCACGCGCAGUGGAAACUGUAUAAAACCCACAUCCGUGAUGCCGUUAAUGCGAGGUGAACCUACGUUAAACGUUACCUCCGGUUACGGCUCCUUGCAGAAGGACUUCAAAGACAAAGAUCCAGACUGCCGGAAUGGUUCGGAGAAAGAGGAGGAACCUCUGCUCCGAGAGAACCCCAGACGGUUCGUCGUCUUCCCCAUCCAGUACCCCGACAUCUGGAAGAUGUACAAGCAGGCACAGGCCUCCUUCUGGACGGUGGAGGAGGUUGAUCUAUCCAAAGACCUGCCACACUGGGACCGCAUGAAGCAUGAGGAGAAACACUUCAUCUCCCACAUCCUAGCCUUCUUCGCUGCAAGUGAUGGCAUCGUCAAUGAGAACCUGGUGCAGAGGUUCUGCCAGGAGGUUCAGAUCCCCGAAGCUCGCUCUUUCUACAGCUUUCAGAUCCUCAUAGAGACCGUCCAUUCAGAGAUGUACAGCAUGCUCAUCAAUACUUAUAUCAGGGAUCUGAAAGAGAGGGAUUACUUAUUUAACGCCAUACAGACGAUGCCUUGUGUGAGACGAAAAGCAGACUGGGCCCUCAAGUGGAUAAAUGACAGCAAAUCCACAUUUGCGGAGCGAAUUGUGGCUUUUGCAGCAGUGGAGGGAAUCUUCUUCUCUGGCUCUUUCGCUUCGAUCUAUUGGCUCAAGAAGAGAGGAUUAAUGCCUGGCCUAACCUACUCCAACGAGCUGAUUAGCAGAGAUGAGGGCCUGCACUGUAACUUUGCCUGCCUGCUGUACAGCCACCUGGUGAAUAAGCCAUCAGAGGACCGGGUGAAGGACAUCAUCACUAAAGCCGUUAGCAUUGAGCAGGAGUUUUUAACAGAGGCCUUGCCAGUGGAUCUCAUAGGAAUCAACUGUUGUCUGAUGAAGCAGUACAUUGAGUUUGUGGCUGACCGGCUGUUCGCUGACCUCGGAAUAGCAAAGGUGUACCAAGCUGAAAACCCAUUUGACUUCAUGGAGUCCAUUUCACUGGAGGGGAAAACCAACUUCUUUGAGAAACGAGUUGGAGAGUAUCAGAGAUUCGGGGUGAUGUCCAGCAUGAAAGACUGUGAAUUCACUCUGGAUGCAGACUUCUGAAAUGGAGAGGAACUGCUGUUUACGCUAUAUUUAAGCAAAGCAUCUUUACAAUAUUUCCACGGCAAAAUAAAUGUUUGACAGGUUAAUGCUUUUAAAAGGGAUUGGGAGUCAAGUCUGGCGUAAAUACCGUUGGUAAUAUGAAUCUGAGUUAACAAACUGUUUAUUCAAACUCUUCCCAUGGCUGUUGGUUUACCUUGAGCUAUGUAAAUUACAUAACUUUUAGUUUUAUUUAAAUAUGUAUAUUCAGUGGUGGUGGAAAAUUGCUGUUCCAUUAUUGUAUAUGGAAACAUGUUCUUUAUACAAAUGUGUAUUCUACCAAAGCUAAAACCUUCAGGAUUACCACUUUAAACAUAAGUUACAAUAUAUUUGAUGAAGUCUGUAGUUCUGGACGCUGGCCCAGGAGGAGUUUUUC